CCCUUUCACUGUUCCAAUCACGCCCUUCUCUUCUUUCUCGUUUUUCCUACAGCAAAACAAAAGCCAUUCUUCUUUUCUUCAUCACAGUCUCCAUUUUCAUUUCCAUCUCAUUCUGUUUUCUCUCCAUCCCUGUCUCUAUUUCUCACCUGAAGAGAGAAGAAAUGUCUGAAUUCUGUUUCUUCAACACUAUUAACACCAAUUUCUAUAGCCUUCUCCUUUCUGACUUUAUCUUCUUUUGUUCCAUCAUACUCUCUCACCCACUAUAUUUCUCUUACUUGAUGUUCUUCUCCCCAUAUCUUGUAAGACUUGUCUCAUUUCUUUCUCCCCUCUUCAUGACAACCUCUCUCCUCCUCCUGGCUUUCCUCACCAUCUCUUCUGGACUUCCCACCCAAGAUUUUGCUCCUGAUGUCUCAGGCUCUAAGGUGGGGUUCUGCAUCAGUUCAUUUCAUAAAGUUCUAGAUGCAUUGCGGUCGCAGCUUGACAAUGAUGUCGCUGAAUUUUGCCUUUUCGAAGAGCUUGAAGCAUGUACUGUAGUUUUUGAUACAACUUGUUUGGACAUAGAAGAACAUCUGGCUGGAAAUUCACAAACCAGGUACAAAGAGAAUUGUCCACAAACUGAUGAAACUCAAGUAGUCAAUUGUUCAGAUCAUCAAGCUGGUUCAAGUGUGUCUGAAGUGCUAGAUUACAAUGUAGAAGAAAAUCCACUCCAAAUUACUAGGCAGAAAUUGGAAGGAAUUAGCCAGAAAGGCCUCUUAGAAGAGACUUCUUAUAAAGAAGAUACGGAAGUUCGGCCACUGGAUACAGUGCUCAACAAGGUUAGAGAAUGCCAAAUGAAGCUGCAAAUUGGUACUGGAUCUGAGGCACAGAGUUACAUGGGAACCGAAAACCCACUCAAUGUAAGUUCAGACAAUGCUGGAGAGAAUACUUCACAAGAGCUUAAUGGUCCUCUGGUUCCAAAUCUUGGGAGCUUUGGGUUAAUGAGGAAAGAAAAGGAAUGGAAGAGGACAUUAGCAUACAAGCUUUAUGAAGAAAGACAGAAUGUUGAUAAAGAGGAAGGGAUGGAUUUACUAUGGGAGGCUUAUGAAGCUGAAUCAGGCAAGGUUAAGGUGGAAAACAGAGACAAAGAGAAGGAAAAGGAAAAGAAGACAAAGAAAUGCAGAGUUGAGUACGAUGAGGAUGAAGAGGAAGAUGAAGAAACAGCUGAACGAUUGUGUUGCCUACAAGCUUUGAGGUUCUCAACAGGGAAGAUGAAGUUGGGAAUGGGGAGGUCUAAUCUUGUUAGACUUUCCAAGGCCUUGAAAGGGAUUGGAUGGCUUCACCGUGUGAGUCGGCAUUGUAAGAAGGGAUAAAACCAGACUACAUUUCUUCUUCUUCUUCUGUUGCUGCUGCUGCUUUUUUCUUUCUUUUUUUGCAUGGAAAAUCUUUGUACUUUUGAAGAAAUUACAAGUAAAUAUUUUCCACUUACUCCUUUUCUCUGAAUCAGCCAA